UUGUUUACAAUUUGUUUGUUUUUGAAUUUCAAAUUGUGUUUUGUGCUGUUUUUUAAAGUAAUAACUAAAAGCAAUUUAAAUGGAUCGCAAAUCUCGAGAAUAUCAUCGAUCCUCGUCUAGAAGAAAGCGUUCAAGGUCGCGUGAUAAUGAUUCCAGAGAAAGGCCCAAGUUACGAAAAAUCAGUCCACCAUCAGCUAAAUUGGAGAGCUCUGAAUUCAGUUUUCUAGAUCACAAGCAUAAUUUAAAUAAAAUACUUACAUACAGUAACGAUACAAAUGUUGUUGUGAAUAGUUUAGAGGAUUUCUGGGUAUUCGUUAAGAAAUAUGAAGCUACUUUGAAGAAGGCAGGUAAACCUAUCAUAGAUUGUGAUUCCAGCAUUGAAAAGGAUACACUUAGACAAGGUUCUGAUACACCCUUUUCCAAACAUGACUGCAUUAAUUUUACAAGUAAAAUGAAGUAUAUGGACAGUGCAUAUGAUGAAAGAGAUAGAAAGAGAUUGGACAAGAAAAUGUUUGAUGUAUUUUUGAAGAUUGUUUCAAUUUACCUGGACUUUAAAAAUAAAGAGAAAUUUGAAAAGUUGAAGAAGUUAAGGAAAGCUCAGAGAGAUCUACCUGUUGCUAAAUACAGAAAUGAAAUAGUAUCAGCAGUGCAAAAUGAGAAAGUUGUAAUAGUAGCUGGGGACACUGGUUGUGGGAAAUCCACACAAGUGCCACAGUAUCUACAUGAAGCGGGAUUUCAGAAUAUUGCAUGUACCCAGCCCAGAAGAAUAGCCUGUAUCUCACUGUCAAAGCGAGUUGCAUAUGAAAUGCUCACACAGUUUGAGAGCAAAGUCGGCUAUCAGAUCCGGUUUGAAAAGAGCAAGACCUCCGAUACUAAGAUAUGUUUUAUCACUGAGGGGCUGUUACUUAGGCAGAUAUCAGCUGAGAAUUUGCCAAACUAUGACGUAAUAAUCCUCGACGAAAUACAUGAAAGGCACUUGAUGGGUGAUUUCCUACUGGGCAUCUUGAAGAUCCUCAUACACACCCGCCAUGAUAUCAAACUGGUGCUGAUGUCUGCCACUAUCAACAUUAAACUGUUUGAAGACUACUUUUCAACUGAGAAAGCUGUUGUUAUUCAAGUUCCAGGACGACUGUACCCGAUCGAAUUGAACUACAAACCUAUACUGAUUGAAGACAAGCCAUCGAGGGACGACAGACUCGAUCCGCAACCCUACGUUCAAAUUAUGCAGUUGAUUGACAGCAAGUUUCCUAGCGACGAAAGAGGCGAUCUGUUAAUCUUCAUGUCGGGCGUUCAAGAGAUAACAGCAAUUUGUGACGCCGCGCAGCAGUAUGCAGAGAAGAAUAAGAAUUGGAUCGUUUUGCCGCUGCACAGUGGACUGUCUCUUAUUGAACAAGAUAAGGUAUUCGAUUAUCCACCAGAGGGCGUUCGGAAGUGCAUAGUAUCGACUAACAUUGCUGAGACAUCGGUUACUAUUGAUGGGAUUAGAUUUGUCGUAGACUCGGGAAAGGUAAAAGAGAUGAGCUAUGAUUCGUCGACAAAAAUGCAAAGACUAAAAGAAUUCUGGAUAUCUAAAGCGAGUGCUGAUCAGAGAAAAGGAAGAGCCGGCAGAACUGGCCCCGGGGUAUGCUAUCGCAUAUAUUCCGAGCAGCAAUACACAGAUUUAGAAACAUUCAGUACACCAGAAGUGUCUCGCGUGCCGCUCGCUUCGCUUCUGCUGCUCAUGAGCUCACUCGGCGUCAGUGACGUCAGGCGCUUCCCCUUCAUUGACGCGCCGCCUGGGGACGCGGUGGAGGACGCCAUUUUAGAGCUGAAACAACACGCAGCUCUAACAUCCAACGAGAAACUGACAGCCCUCGGUAGAGCGCUAGCCAACUUACCCGUAGAGGUAUCGCUAGCUAAGGCCCUGGUGUUAGCCAGUGCAACUCUACCACCACACAAAUUGGACUCUGCUUUGGCCCUAACAGCUGGUUUGGGCAUCCGUUCCAUUUAUACUACAAGGGCGCAUAGGGAUUUUGAAUGCGAAAAUGCCCGUAAACCCGACGAGUCAGACCACGGCGAUCCUAUAACACUUCUGUCGCUAUACUGUGCGUGGUUGCGAGAGAAGUCGGGCGGCGGCGGCAGAGCGUGGUGCAGGCGCCGCGGUAUUGAGGAACAACGGCUGUAUGAGCUUACUAAGUUGGCUGCCCAACUUAGAAAUUUACUGCAAGAUAACAAUUUGAUGGAAGCGCCGGAACCAGAAACUAUGUCUUCAGCGGAAAGAUCGUUGCGACACGGACAAAUGAAACAAUUAAAAGACAUGAGAAGACAAUACAAGCAAAAAGCAGCCGACGAAUCGAAACGUCGUAAACGCCUGAAAGUCGAUUCAUGGGAAAUAAUCGACGAAAAGGACAACGAUGACAAUACUAUGGACAUUCGAGACAUCGAGUUUCGAAUGACGAAUGACGCUACUCGAAUACGAGCUCUGAUAAACGGCUCUAGUGCCAGCAGUGGGAGAGAUCUUAUUAUGUUGAAGGUGGUACUAUGCAGGGCUUUGUACCCUCAAGUGGCUGUAGCUGAUGAGUUCAACCAUUGCAAGUCAAUAUCAGACCAUCUUUACCACACUUGGAGCAAACCUUUCGUGUUCCUCCACCCGACGUCCUACUUCGGUAAGCAACCCAAGUUACUGCAACUGACCGAAGCGGACAUACAGGACAAUCCGCCGGGGUAUAAAAGCAAGCUGCCGUUGUCUUCCAAACAUCAGUUACUAUGUUACUUAUCCCUCUUGGAAACAACAAAGCCAUACAUAGUGAAUUCUAUGCGAAUGCCAGCGGCUCAGACCUUGCUUCUGCUAGCGCACUCUAUUGAUACCAAUAUGGGAUUUACUAGGCUCGUUUGUGACUCUUGGCUGUUAUUGGAAUUCCCACAUACUGAAACUGGCUUGAAUUUGUUGAUAAAGGCGACAAAACUACGACAAAGAUGGGAUGCCAUAAUUAAUAGAAGACUUUCAGAUGCAAACCCAAACAAAUCCGUCGAAUCCGAACUUCAAAAAUCGCACCAAAACACUCCAUACGACGAACUACAGUACGAACUGUCUUGUGACGUCACAAGCUACAUGAACAGUGACGUAUAUUACACUAUUAAGAGACUUCUACCCGGGGACCUCAAAGUAUUGUACGUUGGAUCAGACGAAGUGCGUCCGAAUAUAGACCCUAACCCGUUUGAAGAAGGUUUCGAAUGCCGUGCACACGAGAAGAAAGGUGGAGUUUAUGUUACGGACAAUAUUGUUUAUAACUGUGUGGUAGACACAGAGUGGAGUUACAACACAUACGAAGAAACCUACAGCCUGCCUUGGACGUGUCAGAACUGCGACCUAACAUCCUGCCUUUCCCCACUAGAAAGGCUACAGCACAUCCAAUUCACCUGCGCUUCUAAACCAGAGAAAAAAGAAGAGAAAAUUGUGAAAAGGGAUAAUAGACCUAAUACCAAAGAGUAUACGUGCGAAAUUUGCAAUGAAACUUUGUAUUUAACACCUGUUGAGAUACUGAAACACAAAAAAGGAUGUAAAAUAAAGUAAUUUAUUAAUUUA